UCAUCCGACAUUGACAGUGAGUGGCGGCAUUUGGAACGGUUAACAUGUGCUGCCUGUCGUCGAUCCGUCGUUCGAGUCUCGUCCUUGUCGUUGCGCCGUCGGGUUGCCUCCGUUGAAUCCGGUGUACUGUGAAUCCCCUUUUGUGAUGAGUGCGAGGUAUCCUUGUAAGGAUUUUAUAACGAUUUGUCGUGUUGAAAGCGGUGUUUCGAAAAACAGUGCUAAUGAAACCCCACCGGACCAAUUACAUACAAGCCCUGAAGAAAUCGUGACAUUGUAGUGCUGCUGUUUACCAUGUCGAAUCAACAGGACCAAAGCGAGGACUAAUAUUCCAUUUUUUCUGUUUUGACCAUCACCAAGGCACAAACCACGCGAACGCAUCAUGCAUGUUGUACAUACAUGUUGGCAUUCGUUGAGUUCAGGACAACAGCAUUAUCAUGAUGGCUAAUUAUGAUGUUGUCCGUUUAGAGACGUCUCCUCGGUCUAACGAGUGUGGAACAUAACAAUUCUGUGCUCAUGAACAAAGCUAAUGGCGAUGUCCUGGAAUGAAAUCUAAGUUAACCAUUACUUAGCUCAACUUGCACGACCUUCAAUACUCUUCGGAAAGUUCGAUUAGGGGUAUCCUGUAAACAUAGUUUGGACAUAUUUACUGAAUCCUGAACAUAAUUUAGCUACUACAGCUCUUCAUUCAUUGGAAGUGGUAAAUGUAUGUGUUAACCAAGGUGUCAAAAUCCAAAAGCAAAAAUACAGAUUGAGAUCUAAAAAAUAUUCAUCCGGAAGAUUUGCGAUAAAAAGUGAACAAAAAUAAAUUAUAUGUGAUCCAAGAAGUUAUCACAAAUCAUAGAAACACGAAUGGAUAAUGGGUAUUUGUUUGGAUACAGACAAAAGCAACACUACACAGGAGGUGGACGAGUCAGACUGGAAAGGCGGCGGAAGAGGCGGCGACACACGUUCGGCCAUCGUUCGCUCGCCGACUCUCGGUGGGGGCAGUCCGAUCAACGCCGGCGCCGGAAUGCACAACACCGGCAAAGUCAAAUUCGACCCGCCAAAGGUCCCGGUCAUCUUCGUGCUCGGUGGCCCCGGUAGUGGCAAAGUGACCCACUGCGACACGCUGAUGCAGGAGCGCCGAGGGGUCACCCACAUCAACAUGAUGGACCUGCUACAGCAGUACGCCAUCGGAAACGAUAUGCAGGACUUCUCCCAGCUAUCAUCCAGAACUGUAACGGAGGUGUUAAUGCUCGAAAUGAAAAUGUCCCCAGCUGCCAAAACCUACCUGGUCUCCGGGUAUCCACGUUCCAUGCGGGACGUGGUGGAAUACUCCGAAAAGAUCCAAGUGAUCAACGGUGUGAUAUUGAUAUCCUGGCGCCAGACAAUCCUUCAGCGCCAGAUAGACUACGGUGCCAAGCUAGGCCACGUGGUCUUGUCGCUCGCCAAGAUGGAGCUGGAGAACUUCUUCAAGAAUGUCAUGCCCGUGGCGGACUAUUUCGACCAGAGCGAUAUGCUCAUUGCGAUCAACGGAGAACGCGCCCCCUCCGAGGUGUACAAAGACUUCCGGUCGGCCGUGCUCGACAUUCUCGGGGCACAGGAGAACCAGGAAGCGCUGCUGAAUGGAGUCGCAGGUAUGGGUAGGGGCGUAGACGACAUUCCCGGCAGUAUAGUUAGCGUAGACACGGCACCUAGUCAAAAUAAAGUCAUUGCAGCUUCGGCCAGGGCGGCACAUCAAGUAGAAAUCAAUAAUCGCAAUCGGUCCCCGUCGCCACCACCAGCUCUACCAACAUCUCCAGCAGCAAUGGCCGGAAAUGCAGCUGCUGCUGCCCAAUUGAUACGGCAACAACAACCACGUGCUAGUUUAGGAGUUCCAGCACCCGCAGCACCUCGCCAGGACAUUCCCGUCCAGCAUGGGACUUCUCUGAGGCCCGGACAGAUUCCACCAAUCAUUUGGGUUAUCGGUGGGCCCGGCAGCAAUAAGGCGACGCUUUGCUUGAAAACGGUCGGAAUCAAUCCUGGGUGGGGUCACUUUAGCGUGGGGCGUUUAUUGCGAGCCAUAGCUGAAUCGGAUCCACGGGUCGGGACAGAUAAUUACGCCGUCAAGGAAGCAAUUACGGCCGGUGAAAUGGUUCCUAAGAAAUCGAUAGAACAGUUGAUCGAAAAUCAACUGGCUCAGCUGAGCGACAAACGGGGCGUCAUCAUCGACGGGUAUCCAAGGGAUAUGAAACAAGUGCGGGAUUUCGAACAGAAGUACCACCAAUCGCCGCCCAUAAUCCUCCUGGACUGUUCGAAACUUCAGCUCGGCCGGGGCCGACUGGACGAUACCGUAUCUUCCUUCCGACGGCGGUUAGAGCUGUUCCGCGAACUAACCCUCCCAAUGCUCAAGGAAAUGGACACCGCUGGCCGGUUGACCAUCGUCGACGGUGACACCGACAGCCCAACUGUGCAGCGGGAAUUCGAACGCAUCGUUCGGGACAACAUCCAGAAAGUUCUGAGCGAGACCAACAGGGAUAUUACACCGGUCAAAAUCGGCACUUUCAAGAAUGCCAUUCAGCAGGGUCGCAAUUCGGCGGCUCAGAAGAACGCCGACGCAAUCGUUCAUGACUUGGACGCAGACGUUCCGGGGGUCGUUCCAACCAUCAGCCAUCACGUGAGUUUGGCCAACGGUCAUUUGGGAGGGGCAGUCGCGGCCGGUGGAGCUACUCGGAAUGGAUUCAUACCGAAUGGGCGACCCAAUUUCCGAAACAUGCUACAGGAAGCGGAUAGCUUUGAUUCUCACAUGUAGAAGAUCACCCAUUCAAGUAGGCCAGAACCAAGGUGUAGCAGCCAUAGUUAAUAAGUACAAAAUAUUGCUCGUUACUGUACCGGUAUCGAUUUGGAUACCUUCACCGAAUCAAAUAAUCAGAGAGUAUAAAACCAUAGCUUUAAAACGGUUCGAGAAGGUUUAUUGAAGAUUAAGUGAAUAUUUUUAAAUUGGCUUAGUGCCAAAUGUUGUUAUGGCAUUUUUUGAUUACUGAAUAAACUAAUAGCAAUUAAUGUGAAUAAGUAUAUCAUCGACAGGAAAAAAAAUAAACGUGCAGUGUAAUAAAAACGAUAAAUACCUAAUAAACAUUUUAAGUUAUGAACAACAUUAGGUUUUGGACGUAGAGCUUUAAUGCUGAUACUUUUAGAUCACUUUAUCAUUAUGGAAAACAAGCAUAAUAAAGUUUAUUCAGUGAAGCUGUUUUGCUGAGA